UACGUUACUUUUGCUUGGCGACAGGAGAUUCUUGAUAUUCAAAAUGGCUGUAAAGCAAAAUGGAAUUUGACAGCGAUAAUGUCGCCGAAAUUGAAAAAUAUGCAUUCCUUUUAGGUUCUGCAAUUAAAAACGAAGAUACAGAACAGUUUUUCAGCAUAUACGACUCCAUCAUACCCAAAGAUUUACCUGACAACCAGUUAGAAGACAUCAAGGACAGAGCAAGAAAGGUCGUUGAUUUGCCGGACGGGGAGUUUAAUAGUUUGGUAUUGAAGGCGCGUCACUUCAGUCUCGCACCCACAGGAUCAGCUAUGUCCUGCCGCCGAGAGUCCCCAGGUAAACGAUGGACGCAGCCUAGCAAGGAAGAGGAAAGUGAAGAGGAUGAUGGGAAGUUUAACUAUUGUGGCGCCCCUGGCGGUAGAUUUGACUCAUCAAGCUUACUCUCAACAAUGAAAACCAGCGCAAGGUCAUCGGAAUCUGACACUCGUAAAUUUGACGAUGAUUCCGGUGUCUGUAACUCUAGUAAGGCAACAAACAGUAUUGGAAGUCUGAGCGACCAUGAUGGUAGUGAUGAUGAAGGGAGGGGUGUGUCAUUUGAUUAUUAUCCACCACAGAUAAAAAUUCGCUCUGGCUGUGGACUAAAUUUAGAUUAUGAUGAAGCGCAUGAGGUGAAAUCUGACCAUUCCUCGCAAGAUGUAAAUUCACCUCGAAGUGACUUUUCAGAAGGAAUUGAAAUGACGACAUUUAAUAGUCGUGAAACUGCUGACGAUGAUGAUGACGAGUUUAAUUUUAGACGUGAAGUCAAUUAUCAAGACGAUUUUAAUACUUCAGGGGAAAGUGAGGACGAAAAUUCAUACAGACACAAAUACUAUAAUAUGGGUUACAGACCUUUAAGUAGGGAUGUCCCAACUUUCCAGCCUACGUUUGAGUCUUUAGGCUCGUCUUCCUUAAGUAGUAGAGAAGUUGAUAGAGGUAUAAAUUUUCCAAGUUUGAAAGAAGGGACUUCUCAGUACAGUAGGUACUCCUCUUAUCAGAAUCCUCAAUUUAGCAGUGAACGAGUUAAAAUAGAAAAAACUAGUUAUAAAAGAGACAAGGCUGAUCCUCCAUUUGGUCGCGGACCUGAACAAUUGGACAGAGUGGCCAGUUCAAUCGGGUCAUUAAUUUCCCAAGUGCCAAGUGAUGAAGUGAAAAAUAUGCCUGAGGGAAGAAAAUUAGAACCACUGCAGAGAGAAGAUCCCAAAAGAAAGAAAAAGAAGAAGAAAAGUGCUAAAGAUGAUGCGUCAGCGGCGACGGAUGAAAACGGCAACCCAAUCGAGACCCGUGGCCUGAAUCCUGUGCAGUACAAACAAAUGAGAGAGUCACCCUCGAGUGGGGGUGGCACUGUGGCUAAUCAACAAUACGAAAGUUAUGGAACCUUCCCUCUCGAACAUCUUGCUGCCAGACCUUAUACAAAUACAAAUAAAGAAACUGAAAAUGAUAUUGCUUCUAAGGCCUUGAGACGUAGAAAGAAAAAACAAGAAAAGUUAGAUCAGCAGCAGAAAAAAGCUGAAGACAUUGAAAAUUAUAAAGGCGAUAAGCCCCUUGAGGAAUUAUUAAGUUUUAUUGGUGGGCAGAAUGAUUCAAAUAAAAAGGCAAAGAAAAACUCAAAUGUUGUCGAAGAAAUUCCAAGUAAAACACAAAAAUCAAAUAAGAAAAAUAAAGACAAAAAACAAAAGUCUCCCAUUGCCUCCAGUUCGGUAGAGGAAGUAGAGGUCAAGGGGAGCAACUCUGCUCAACCUGCCGAUCUUGACAUACAAGGUGGGGAGGACAAUAUGGGAAACUCUAGUGGUAAAUCUGAAGUUGAAAUUGUGGAAAAUGGUGAUGUUGAAGGCAUAUAUUCCAAAUCUGAUAAAAUUGCUAAGUCGCCGCUCAAACAGAAUGACAAGAUUGAUGUAACUAAACAUGUCAUAUAUGCUAAAAAUGAUAAAAUUAAAGAUGUCAUUUGCAGAGAGAGUGUUAAAGAGAAAGAACCUUCGGCCACAAAUAACAAGAGAGACAUUGUAACGGGAAGUGGCACAGAGAACAAUAAAAAGAAAUCUGAUAAAUCUGCUAAAGCCUCAAAGAGUGAUAAGGCUGAAAUGCCCACAACUAAAUCGGAAGAUUCAUUGAAAUUGGAAGCCAGUUUACCAAAUAAUGUAACAGUAAAACAGAAAAAUGCAAAAAACAAAAAGAACAAGUUGUUAAGCCCAGCUGUAAAGGUUGAUAACGAACUUCCAGCAGCUGAUUUGAAUCAUCAGCCUGUAUUAGCUGGCUUCCCCACAGCAGAAAGUUUAGUUGAUGAUCAAUUCAUAUUCACUGAUUUAGAGGUUCCUGAAGUUCCAAAAGAGGAUGAAUUUCAAGUAGUUGGUAAGAAAAAGAAGAAAGUUACCAAAGAAAUCAGUCAACAAAAUCAUUUUGUGACUAAUAAUGGUUAUAUUAAACCAGGUCGCCGACAUGAGGAGAAACGUCAAGUUCCUUUGCAUUCAAGUAACAAAGCAUCUGUGCCUAUUGUUGCUCCAAUGUCAAUGGUUGAGGGCAACACUCGUUUACGAGAUUUAAGUCCAUCGGCAUUUCCAGCCCUUACAAGUGGUAAAGGUAGACAAUCAGUGCAGGAAGGUCGGCGAAAUUCGACUGGUGAUGUUCCCAUUCCUUCUGGUUUAAAAUCACAGGAUGAUAGCGACCUUGAAUCGGUUAAGUCACUUCCUGCCACUCAAGGCAGUCAAGCUGUUGACAGUAUUCUGUCACCAAGACUUUCAUACGCAAAGAUGGCCGCCGGACCAAAAGUUCCGGACUCAUCUAGCUCAUCAGAGAAACGUUCAUCUCUGGAUAGUGAGGAUAGUGAACAUGAUCACAAAAUGUCUGUCUGGAAAGGCAGCCCUACUGAGAGAAGACAUUCAAUAGGUUCUAGUCCAGAGGUAGUGAACAAAGUGGCUGGUGUUCAAGCCAGUGCCGCUACCGCCACUGUGAAGGCAGGUAGCCAAGAACACAUUGUUGCAGAUGUAGUGGUAAACUUGGAGAAAGAAGUUGCAGUUAAUGCUAAUACUGUAACAGCAUGGGGAGGGGCAAACUCUGAGGUUAAAAAUCUUGAAGAGGGUAUUUGUGUGCUAAAUAAAGAAAAUGCUUCACCUAGUGAAGCUAACAGAACUGUCAAAAUAAGUCCAGUUCAAACCAAGUCAUCAAUAUCACCAAACAAAAGUGCAGACAAUGCUGUGAAAGCUUAUAGUGUAGGUAAUUCACAGCAAGUAGAAACAGGUAAACAGUUGCAGUUGUGUAAUAGCGAACCUGAAACGAAUUCCACUUUUUCAGUUAAUAAAAAUAGUAUUGUAACAAAUUCUAAUGUGCAUAAACAUGAAACUAGUAAAAGUAAAACUUGUUCUAAUGGUUCUAAUGGUAAGAAACAGAAAUCUGUGAUCUUCUUAGAUAAUCGAGUAGAAGAGACUCCAGAAAACUUAGGCAUAUCCUUUGGUUUCGAAAUAGAUAACUUAGUUAAACCAGGAAAGUCCGAUUCCGAUGACUCUGUUAAAAUUAAUAAGUCAGAACAAGGAAUGCAGAAAUCUGAAUGUAAUGUAGAAAGCGAAAAUGUUCAAUUUGUCGAUUUUAUUUAUUCCAAUGAUUCAAAAUCAGAUCCAAAGGAUUCUAGUGUUGUUGUUGUCACAGACGAUAUUGUUAGUAGCACAUCUUCCAAUUCUAGUGUGAUAUCUAACCAUAAUAGCAACACGGGCAAAGCUAAUUCAUCUUGUUCAAAUAAUGAAAUUGUAGACCCAGUGAAAACUAUAGUUCGCAUGAACGGAAUAAUUCCUCCUCAGGGUCAUAGUUCAAACCUCUCAAAAGAAGUUAAGGAAAAUGUUUCGGUAACUACGGGAGGUUCAGGAGAGCAAGUGGAAACUGAACAAGCCAUUCCAGACACAACUGAGGAUAAAGUGUGUGUGUAUUACGGUGAAAGCGUUGUAACAUUAAAAAAGGAUAUAGUUGUGCCAAGUCUGAAGAACGGGCCCACAAGCUAUUGUGGCCUGGUGCACUUCAUUCAGGAGACAGAAUUGCGCAGUAAUUUCAAUGUGGCUGAAGCUGCAGUAUUUUUAACUAAAGAAUGGGACAGAACAGUACAGAUGCAAGAUAAAGAGCCACACAGUGUCAAAGUUCAUCAAGACUAAAAUGUGCUGCAUGGGAGUAAUGGAUAUACAUGGACAUGUGUUAAAGAAAAAGAUUGGUCUUCAGAUCCAUUCUGUGAUGUUAUUUUCACUGUGUCAGGAUUUAUAUGCCUGCUUUAUAAGGUGUAUAUGCCUGCUUUGUAGAGAGUUAGUAUAUGCCUGCUUUGUAAGGAAAAAUGUCAGUUUUGAAAGGAGUUUACACAAUAUGGGAGGAAAAAAACGCCUGCUUUGUAAAGCGUGUGUACACCUGCAUUGUGAAGAAAAUACUCCUGCUUUGUAUGGAGAGUACACCAACCUUGUAAAGAUGGAUUUCCAGCGGAUAUACAGGAUUUUAUACUGCGAAAUUUAUAUCAUUUUGAAGUUAAAAAGAAGCUUGUUUGUGUCCAUAUGCAAUUGAUUUCAUCCAUGAAAUGACAUAUAUGUGUGUAGAGUUGGGCUGUAUGUUACAUGCUUAAACUAUGUCAUAAAGCUUGGUUUUGCCAAAUUUUAAGGUUAAAAAAAGUGUAGAAAAAAAAUUUAGAAUGUAAUCAGAAUUGAAUAUUUAUACAUAUAACAAAAUAUGAAAAAAAAUCAUAGUAUUUAUGUAAGAUGUUAUUAAUUAAUUAAUUAAUACUUUCUUUUUUGCUACAAGGAUAUGGAUAUUAUUUUAGGACAGUAUACUUACUUUGUUUGUGUUAGCAUUUUGUUGGCUAGUUAAUCAUGUCUAAGCGAAUUGCCUAAAAUUGUGCAUACUUCAGUGCUUGGAAAUAACCGAUAAUGUUGAUACUUUCUUUUAUACAUCUUUUUCCUCUGGUUUUGCUAUGCAGUAAAUUGUUGUAUACAUGAGAAGAAAUUAUGGCGGCUUUUAUUGUGUUCCGAACAGACAGACAAGAACUGCAUUUCAGGCUUUGUGCAGUAAAUUGUCUUUUACAAUAUUGAUUUUCGUAAUGAAAAGACACAAAAAAAAGAAAACUAUUGCAGACUUUGAAGGAUGAAAAGCAGCAUUACUGGUACAUCAUUUCCAAGAAUAUGUGCGGAAUGUGUGAAAAAAAAUCGCCAUAAACACAUCAGAUCAAAUGAUAAAGAAUUUAGUGAUAAACGAAUGAGUGAAUCAUGUAACAUAUGUAAGUUAGCUUGUCUAUUGUUGUUCUCACUGCACACAGCUUACAGUUCAAAUAGGUUUAUAAUGCCAAAAUAUUUGGCAAGACUUACAUCUCUGAUAACUUGCACAGUCAAUGCUGUAUAACAUGGCUACAGAAAUGUAUAAGAAGUCUCCUUAUACUAAUCAGUUGUACACAUUAUUCCAUUCACGCAAAAAUGCCAUUCCUUAAACAUGGUGCUAUCUGAAAGAAAUUUCAUCCUUUUCUCCUUUUUUUUAGCUGUGAUUUUAAUUUCCAUGUUAAAAAAAGUUUGAUUUCCUGGGAAAGCUAUUGUUUUUGUGUUUCUAGAAAAAUAAUUCACCAUUUCUUGUUUAACAAAUUUAGAGACAAAUUAAGAGGAAGAAAGAAUGUAACCAAUUUAGGAGUGAUCUCAUUUCAUAUCAAGAAUCUUUCCAAUUUCAUGACAUUAGUGAAUGCCAGGGGAAGUCCCUUCAUCCGGUUAGUACUAUUCAUUUUUCCAAGUUAACCCUUUCCCACAUGGAUACGUUUAUCACCGUAUCUAUCGAUUACCGAACAGAAAUGUAUUGACCCGUGUCUAUCGGUUCCCCGAUAGAAACGUUUUAUACCGAUUAACGGCCAUUUGAACAGAAUCGUUUUAUCCCGUGUCUCAUAAUCAAUCGCUUUAUUUUCGUUCUUUUCCUAAAGAAACAAAUUCCGGAUGUUUACUAACUCAAAAUAUGGGAUUUCGUCAUCAUUAUUUACGUAAAAGAUCAUGUGGUUACUAUUUAAAUUUAUCGAGUACUUUGCAAAGAAAGACACCGGGGUUUUUUCCUACAUGUGCACGACGCUACGUCAUGGAAAAUUACUGAGAAACUGCUUGCAACUAGCCGUUUCGCGGGGCUUUCCUCGUUCUAAAAAUAACAACCAUUUAACAUCAAAGUAUUUUUAAAUGUGUUAGGUCAUGAAGAUCACGCGUGAUACAUGCAGAUUUCCCCUAAACAACAAUUUGUGUAUACGAUGGCUUGGAAUUUAUGGCCUUACAUAAUGGGAAGUGUUAAUCAAAACAGAAGGACCGCGGCUUUCAAAUAUUUUAUGACACCCCAAGAGUUAAUUGCUGCGGAAGUCACCCGUGAUGUACCGACGUUUGAUCAUCAAAAUAUUACGUAAUAUUAUCUUAAAAAUAUUUAAUUUUUAGCACAAGAAUACUGUAGUCGGUUACGAGUCUUGAACUCCACGAUCUUUUUGCACUUUCAGAAAUUUUACGAUCCGUUAUUUUUGUAGUGUUAUUCAGUUUGAUGGUUGUUUUUUAUAUAAAUACUUACCGAUUCCGAUUCGGAAGAUAAGUCUAUUAACUAUAAAUCAAACUUUCAAACAUCAAAAUGAAAUUGUAUAUGAAUUUCAAUGUGAAAGUAAUCCAAAACAGAAUUUUAUGCCUAAAAAUAUAUAUUCCCGUACUUUAACACUUUAUAUCUUCGAAACUCAAAGAGAAACUACAAUAAAUUUUGUAUCAUCGGAAAGAGAAUUUAAAUUGCUAUAAACUUUAUAUGACAAAAAUAAUGUCAAACUUACAGAAAAUAUUAAAAUAAUGACAUUUUUAACAUGUGUGUGUGUAAUCACAAAAUAAUGCCAACACCUCUGUUCAGAUAAGACAGUCACCUUUAUCAGCCAUAUACCGAUUAUUGAUUAUUGAUUAUCACUUAUCAGUGUUAUGUAAAAGAGGUUACUUUGGCUUCUGUUCUGUGUGGUAAAGGGUUAAUCAGUUCAGAGCAGUCAAGGUCAUUGAUCAGUCAUAAUUAGAUCCCAGUAAAAUUAUGACCGAUUUUAGUCCCAGUGGUUAUUUCUUAGGACUUGGGAUGAAUGAACAAUAGGCUGAUGUCUAGUGAACUGAUCACAAUUCUGUCUAAUUUUAAAUCAUUGUAUACAUGCUCAUUAAUAAAUGUAUCUUGCAUCAUUGUUAUGAUGUUGGACUUUUGUCAUUUACGAAAAUUUUUCAUGAUUAGUGGAUUCAUUCAUGAUUCUAUUCAGUUAGCACACUACUGGUGGCCAUGUAAUCCAGGAUUGACUGUAGCUUGUUUUCUUUAAAGAAAGUAUUCCAAAAUGAAAGACAACUCCGUCAGUAGCUUCAUGGUGCCUUGCUCUUCAGUUUUGUAGAAAAUGUGAUUUCUUGCAUAAAAAUGAAACAGUUCACAUUUGUUUAUUUUCAGCAUAUAAAUAUUUUUUUGUCUUUAGGGACAUACAGACUUUUCAUUUUCUUUUAUCUGUAGUUUUCUGUAAUUUUCUAAAAUUUGAAGAGGGAAAUUUGUACAUUGUACUACGAAAAUAAGAGUUUCUUUUUUUCAAAGCAUCGCCAUAUAUUAACUUAAAUCACAGUGAUUGUGCAAAUGGCGCUUGCAUGAAUGAGAAAGUAAGACAUAAUCUUUGGUGGCAUAGCGAUUUUUUAUUUUUGUUUUGCCUGAUUACUUUCAGUAAUGAGAAAUAGGGAAUUCUCUUAUUAAGUAACUGUAAAUCUUUAAUGAAAGUUAUAGUGUUUCUAAAGUGUUUAGUCUAAUGAUAGAGAGAAUGAGAUUUCUAAUACUUGUACACAUGAAAAUGCUUGACGGCCACCUGCAAAAGAAGGUGAUGAAUCAGGUCUACAUCAUAUUGUCUCCCUUUAUUUCUAGCCUGCACCAAAAAAUGAUAGUAGGAAAUACUUGCCUGUAGCAAUGGAUAUCUAGUGCCUCCGUGGAGACUCUUCUCCACAUCAUAGCUAAAACAUUUGUAAGUCUAUACCUUUAAUAGUAAUAAAUUGUGUAUGUAGCUAUAAGUAACUUGUACAUGUUCUUCUUUUUUCCCCUCUAAGUUGGGCUUUGUCUAAAUUCUAUUAACAUUUCAGUUUCUAAAAUGCUUUAAAUGUGCGUUGGAAUGUACUUUUAUUUGAUUUUUUAAUGGUUAUUUGAAACUUUCUGGCAGUGUUUAAAUUUCAUUUUACAAUUUUAUCUGUUUCCGAGGUACAUUUGAUCAUGACAGAAUAUGAAUAAGUAAAUAGACAUUAUUUCCAAAAUAUACAUAAAAAAGGAACAAAAGUAUAUAAAAUAGCUAUAAAAACAUCAAGAUGUGCACUCCAUCAUAUUAUAAUGUAAAAGAAAUCUAAAAAUCUCAGGCGUUGCAUAACUUUUUAAAUUUCCAAAAUAAACACUAUGACAUCGUGAUUUUGCAUGUGACGUUGCUAAAUGCACAGGUUAAACUGGUGUUAUAUGAUAAAAAACUACUGGAAAGGCAUGAGGUAAAAAGAAAUUUUGUUUGUUUUACAUGCAAGAUUAAAAAGUAUCUUUAUCUUAUGAAUACCAGGUUAUAAAAUUUCAAAUGUUGCUAUGCCACUAGUGAAUAAAUUGCAUCUGUGUUGUAAAAGAUAUUUCGAUCUUUACACUCGUAAAAAAAAAAAAAAAAUCUUUCAUAUAAUGAAAAUUCUAAAUAUGGUAUGUGAGAUAGGGCCAAUCGAACUACCCUAAAGUGUAGUGUCAUAUGGUCAUGGACAGACUAAUUUUCAGAAUUUCCAAAGUCGUGAUGUGAGCUGCGCCAUGAGAAAACAAACAUGGUGGUUUUGCGACCAACAUGGAUCCAGACCAGCCUGCGCAUUCGCGCAGUUUGGUCAGAAUCCAUGCUGUUCGCUAAUGGUUUCUCUAAUUGCAAUAGGCUUUGAAAGCGUAUAGCAUGAAUCCUGACCAGACUGUGCGGAUGCGCAGGCUGGUCUGGAUCCAUGCUGGUCGCAAAGCCACUAUUUUGGUUUUCACAUGGCACGGCUCAUGUGUCCAUACCAAUAUGAAAUCUCAGUCUCCCUUAUCAUCAUUUACUAAAUGUCCCUGAUGGUUUUUUGUUACAAUACAAAUGUUGAUGGAACUUAGGCCAAUGUUACGUGUUGAUACAUAAUUAUGCAUUGAAGAAUUGUAUAACAUUUGAGUUGUAUUGUAGAAUUAUGUUACUAUUUUGCACUGUGAAACAAUGUGCUGCCUAUUUUUUUUUAUUGUGAAAUGAGCCACACCAUGAAAAAAACCAACAUACUGCAUUUGCGACAAGCAUGGAUCCAGACCAGACUGCGCGGAUGCUCAGGUUGGUCUGGAUCUAUGCUGGUUGCAAAUGUAUUAUGUUAAUUUUCUCAUGGUGCGGCUGAAAUAUUUCGAAGAAGAAUAUUCAGGUGAUACUUGUUAAAUUUUUGUUGUUUGUUGAGAUGUGAUAUAGGUAGAGAGAAUGUUGUUGAAAAGUUUCUACCACCAAUGUUACUCUGUAGGAGUCUCUGUUGUUUUGUUUUUUUUCUGAGAAAUUACAGUUCCAGACAACUAGUCCCAGUUUUUUCCAGCCCUUAAGCAAAACUACAGAUUAGAUGUAAAUACUAAAAUUACCCAGGUCAUUGUUGUAUAGACUUGCAGCAUCAACAAGGCUAGUUAAUAUCAAGCAUUAGACUACUGAAGCGAGUUUUGUCAGUGUAAUUAGUCCAUAUUUAGGAGGAAGAUUCCAGAAUGGCAUCCGUCAUAUAUUGUGUACAUUCAUUGACUACUUCAAAAUGUAUCUUAAAACUUGUUCCUAAUUUGAUGUUAACCUGCACAGAUAAAACAUAAUGGCCUGUCCUAUUUAAUGACAAGUACUUCAUGAUUAAGCCCAUAUUUUUUAAAACUUCAGAAUAUGCUUGACAAAAUCGGCAAAUUGAAAAAGGUAAGGUUGUGUGCUUGAUCUUUUGCUGGUUUAAUCUAUAAAAUGUAAUUAUUUAAGGUGUCAAGAUUUUUAAUGUCUUAUCUAAAUUUAGAAAGAUAGUGAUGUUGCCGUUUUAAUAAAUUUACUCAUAGGUUGCAUUUAAUUCAUACAAUGAUUUUCUUUUGCCAUACCUAGUUCGGGCUUUAUUCUACAUUAUAUGGAUAUAUACAUUAUGCAAUUACUAGCAGUUUAUCAAACAUGCCAGACUACCUUAAAUGAAAGGUUGUCACAUGUUGAUGAAUUCUUUCAAAUCUAAGAGUGGACUUUGUUUCAGACAGUCUACAGUGAUGUUUCAUUCAACAUAACAGGGGGUUAAUGAGUGAAAAGUGUGAAUUAUCAAACUGAGAGCAGACUGUUUUUGAACUUUAUUUUUGUUACCAAAGAAUUUCAGUAACAUAACAUUAAACUUGGCGAUACCUGCUCAUUUCAGCACUAAAAAGGCUUUAAUAUCAAGUAUACAUUUAGUUAGAUGUAAUCUGUUUGGCAGAUUAAUGGAUGAAAAAAUAUUAUCUUUUCUAGACUGGUGGCCACACUUCACUUACAAAUUGCACUUCCUGUGUUUUUCUUUUCUUUGAUACUUCAUUUGGCAUUAAAAUUUGAAGCUGAGAAUAAUAUAAGCCAAUUUUCAAGACUCGCUGAUGUUUAGUCGAGAUGGAUGAAAACUAUGUUGUUAUUGUUUCAUUUCAAAAGCUUUCCUGAAAAUUGUUUUCCCUUAGAAAUACUUGUUUUUAUUUGGAAAGCAAAGAGACGCCUUAAAUUAGGUUUGGGAGAAUUCUUUUUCCUUGUAAAUAGCUCAAGAGAGGCAAAUAUUGAUUUGUUCAAGAACAAAUGCCAAGGUAUCUGAGGUUUCCGUUUUAUGUUGUUAUUAAAGAGCUAAGUGUUUCAUAAUUCAUGUUGGAAGCAGGCAGAAAAUUAAGCAGUUAAUUGGAAUAAUUUAAUACAUUAAAAUCAUUAAUAUUCAUGGGGUACUAAUUUUCAUGGAGUUCGUGAUAAGAGCAAUGUACAAUAUAAAUUCUGGGGGAAAAAAUAAAAUUCCCAUUAAUUCAAUCUUAAAGGGUAAAUUAAAUAUCCACAAAUUCAUUUCUCCAUGAAAUUUUCGUGUUUUGCCUUAACAGCGAAAUUUAAUACCAACAAAAUACUCUUGAUAUCACAGUAUCUGAGUGGAAUUCAUUUUCUAUCACAAUAUGACAGUAAAUGGGGUUUUUUUUUUGCUAUGCUGAGUGUUUGUCCACUGUCUCAUACUUAAAACAUUCUCAGGUUUUGCGAAAAUCAGAUUGACACUUUAUAGCAAAUGAAGUCAGAUUUACGUGACUGCUUUAGUUUGAGAAAGUGCUGGACAUUUAUGUUGUGGUGGUCUAAGUUGUUUAUGAAGGCUGUAAAAAAAAAAUAAGCUUUUUACAAAAGAUACUUUUUACUAUUGAUUUGUAGGUUUGAAAGAAGAAGACUUCAGAAAAUUCUACAAUUCUAAAAUUACGUAUUUGCAACGCUGUACUUUUCUCUAGAGUUUCCAACAUUGCAUUAUUUGUUUUAACAUAGCAUCCUACCGUGAAGAAUUAUGUUUAAUUUUGUAUUGUUUUUGGAAUUCUUUCUUCGAAAAAUUGUUAUCUGGUAAAAAUGAUUGGACUAAUCAGAUUUAUGGGAUUAUGGUAUUUAAAUAUCAAAGUGAUCAUAAAACAGGAAAUGAGUAUUCCCUUGGUGCAUAUUAUUUUCAAAUGUCAGAGUUAACAUUCAUAAAGUUUAUUUUGUUGGAAAGAUUAUUGGAGAUUAUUUGCGGCAAUAUAUAUGCAUGAAGUUAUAUCUGCAUCUUCUACGAUUGAUACUAGAAAGUCACCAUGUUAUCUGAAGCGUUUUGGGGCAACUUAAAACCAAAUAAGACAAAAGAGAACAAAUUUAAGUAAAAAGCAGAAUCAGAUGGUAGAUAAGAAACCAGUGGCUGCGAGUUUGCAGCCACUCCUCUAACUAGUAAGAAUUCUGAUGUUAUUUAAAAUCAAGUUUAAUAUUGUACCUUGCGCAUAAACAAGAAAAAAGUUCAGAAAAUAAGAGUAUCUUCUGUAUUUUACCACCUCUGAUUCAUGUGGGAAAGUUGGCAACUACUUGCGGAGAACAGGUUUGUACUGGUACUGAAUCCAGGAACACUUGUUAGGUCAAGUGCUCGCCGUUACAUGACUGAAAUACUUGUUCAAAAAGACGUUAAACCUGAACACACACACACACACACUGUUGAAAAACGGCGUUAAACCCAAAACAACAUCUGUAUUUUACCCUGUCUUGUAUCUUGCACUAUGACUUGCAUUCUUCUAGAGGAUUUGAGUUGCCCAUAACCUAGUUUUGGCAACCAGUUCAUGGGCAGAAAGUUUUCACUGUUGUUAAACUCGAGACGCAUGAAGACUUGGUUCAGUUAACUGUCUUUACCUGUAGAAGAUUCUGUGAAUAAUCAGGGGCAACAAUGUAUGAAUAACAAAAAAAAAUGAAGGAAAAUAAUGGCAAAAAAGUCUCCAUUUCUGUUGCAUAUUUUUUCCAUCAAAUGAGAUUAGGAUUCCCAAUUUGCUUCAUGGAGAAUGAUAUUGAUGCAAGGUAUUCUAUAUUUUACUUGCAAAAGUUACUGUUUUAGAAGAACGUUAGCAGAUAAGACGAUUUCUGUAUGGUAGUCUGGUGCUGGAAUAGUUUGUAGAAAAUAUUAACAACAAUUGUAGCUGUAGAUACAUGUAUAUGCUGGGGCUGGAAGCAAGGGAAGUUACUCGGCUCUCACCUCUUCCUUCAAUUACAUUUACUACCAAAAAUAUGAUUUUUGUCUCAUAUGUUCCUUUAACUGUAGCAUUUCUACUGCGUUUUUCUCGUGUGUGAAAAGGACAUACUUCUAAUUUGUGUCAGUUCUUUGGUUUUUAUUUAUGUCUUGAUAAAGCUAGAAAUUGCCUUUCCCUUCAAGCCUUGUAGCUGUAUCUGUGUCCAGAAAUACAAAACUGAAUUUGGACACCAGUCUCAAAACUAUAACAUUUGAUUGGUUGAUUCUGAGCAUGCCUUUGAAAUUGACCAAUGGCAAGCUUGGAUUCAUAGACUGGUUUCCAAACUCAGUUUUUGUAACAUAGGAUCCUGUUCACUUACACAUCAUGAGUAAGAUUUUCAUUACCACAAACCUGCCAAGUAACCAAUAUCAUGUGGAAACAUUUGUUAAGCAGUGUUUUACAUAAACUUUAUGACAUUUUGUAUCAUUGUACAUGUAUGUUAGUUUGUUAAAUUGUUUAUGUUUGAAUAUAUUACUGUUUUCUGUAUGAAUGUUUUAUGUGUGUAUGGAUGAAUAUUUUGUUAUUUUGUAAAUUGUAAAAAUAAAUUAUGUUGGUAUUUAAACUUUAAUUAAUGUUGCCUUCGGGCAAUUACUGUGGGUUAUUAAACAAGUUUGGUUUGUUGAGGUUUUAUGUGAAUUGUAUAAAAAUGAUAGUUUACCAUGUUUAAGUUAAAGCAAGUACCAUGUACCAGUAUGUUUUGUAAUUUACAGUUCCUGGUAUACCGAGAGUAAGAAAAUAAACAUUUAUAAGAAUUGUCUCCCCUGCAUUUGGAAAAAAAAAGUCCUCAAGUUUUAAUGAAUGAAAAUUAAUUUGUUAAUUGCAUUUUAGAAGACAUUUUUUCAUGGUUUUUUCAGUAGUAUAGUGCAGAUAGAACUGUGUCUAUAAUGAUCUCUAUGUACUUUGGUUUGUUUAUUUACUUUAUGCAUUAAUCUUGUACAGUUGAAUUCCAUUCGUAUCAUUCAGGAUUUUUCUGUUCUACAUUUGAUCAGUGUUGUCAUUUAGGAUUUUUUCAUUUGUUAAAAAAAUCCAUUUAUCAUCCUAGGAUUUUCAAUGCCACCUCAGAUUUUUUGAAUGCUAUGUGCUAUGUGACCUCAUGGUUGAAAGUUGUGAUGUCAUUGCGUUCUAUGUUUAGAUUUAUAUUUAAGUCACAGAAAAAAGCAAAUGUCUAACCUCUAAGCAGCACCAUUAGUAUUUGGUUUUGUUUUCGAUUCUCCGUGGAAAUGUAUGUGGAGUUGGUGAGUGAAAAAUCCGGGUUUUGUAGGUGCGAGCCAAGACCUCAUAUCUAUCAUACUGACUGCACCUUUUUCCAUGGAGGGUCACUAACAAACCCAGUAAUUGAUAAGUUUUAUGAACUACUUACUUUAAGUUGAAAUGAUAGUCUACUGACACGCCACAAAAAAUAUGAGGGGGUAACCAUUUCAACCACCUUUAAACUUGUGACACUGCUAGAAUCUUAUGGAAGAUAAAAUAGUAUUUACUGUAGUAAGAGACCUCAUAGGUAAAGGUCAUAUAUCGAAUCACUUGCCCCUCACCUCUGUAAGUUCAAAACUUUUCUUCGGAUGUAGAAUUCUUUCAUGCGAGGAAGUCAUCCAACAGGCUUAUGGAGGUCAGUAGUUUUGCCUAGGUCCUCGCCCGCGGCUGAAAUAAUGCCCAGAGGGGACACUGGGAUCUUUCUCCUUUAUGAAAAUCUGGAAUACCAUAUUAUUUAGAAUUGUGGUGGAAUAACGUUAAUCCCAGCAAAAUAAGUAAAUUACUGUAAUGGUGGGUGUACUGAUUAUGGAUAAUUUCCACUAUGCAGCCAUCUUAAACAGCCAACGGAAAAUUGGAAAUAUUUUGGCUUUUCAUUAUACAGAUACCUCUUAAAAAGAGGGUCACCAUAUUCCAGUAUUGUGUGCCUGUUUAAGAGGGAAAUGCUUGUCUUAGAUCAAAUUAUGUUAAAUAUUUUAGUUUAAAAGUGAACAAAUUAUGUUAACACUUUUUUCAUGUCAAAAAAAUAAUAAAAGCAGUAGUAAGCCAUUAAUUAGGUCAGAAAGAAAAAAAUUAUUUGUUUCUGCCAACACUUUGGACAAAAAAAUUAGGUAAAAAAAAUUUAUUUUUUUUCAUAAUGGAUGUAUUUUGUAAUAGAUAGUGAAUAUUGUUUACCAAACAUGGUAACUUACAGUUGUUUUGUAUGAAAUUCCUGUAAUGGAAAUAGAGGAAUUCAAAAUUUUAAUCAGUUGUUGUAAUAACUAACACUUGUUUCUUUGACAACUUUUGAACAAAAAAAUUCAGGGCCAACAAUAAAAAAUGGUCAUUUGGGUUACCAACAAUAAAAAAAAAGGUCAAUUCAGUUACCAGAAACAAGCAAGGUUUUUUCAGGCCUAUGAAAUGAGAUACUUUUAAGCUUUAUAUGCGAGAUAGUAAAAUAAAGUAAAAUAAUUGUUAAAUGUUGUACAGCUGGUUCGUUUGCUUGACUUGUUUGAAAGUAUUCAAGUGUUGAUAUUUAAUGUUUAACAUAUUAGUAUGUAAAACAUGAUUUGCCCUCAUUAUUACACAUGCAUUAAAGUUAUAAAACUUCACGGUAGGUUUAAUUUUUCAAAAGGAUUUUGUAUAGAUGUUUUGUAGAUUACAUUAAAUAUGUCACUUUUUGUGUUAAUUUGAGUAGAUUUAUUUUUGAAAAUUUAGUGUUUUCCGAGACUUAAAUGAUGAAAGCUCAAUACGAAACUUAAUGGGCAUAUUGUAACUGUUGCAGUUACAUUUAAUCAUAAAAUGAGCCAUACCAUAAGAAAACCAACAUAGUGUGUUUGCGACCAGCAUGGAUCCAGACCAGCCUGCGCAUCCGCGCAGUCUGGUCAGGAUCCAUGCUGUUCGCUUUCAAAGUGUAUUGCAAUUAGAGAAAAUGUUAGCGAACAGCAUGGAUCCUGACCAGACUGUGCGGAUGCGCAGGCUGGUCUGGAUCCAUGCUGGUCACAAACCCACUAAGUUGGUUUUCUCAUGACACGGCUCAAAUGUUGAGGAGAGGUUUAACAUGUUGGAUGAAAUGAAACAAGGGAGGUUCUGGCUAUAUUUGCACAGUAAAUGAUAUUUACAACUUUGUAUUGUGACCUUGACCUCUCGAACUUCUAAUAUUGCGGUAUUUGAGUACCGCAUGUAUAAUGCAUUCAUAGCGACCCCCAGUGUUGAAGUUGCAUUGAAAAGCUAGUCUUUUUGUAAGAAAAGCUUCUGAAAAAAUGGUAUUGUCUUGUUACACAUUUCUAUCACAUUUCAUGUGUAAAUUAUGUUUCAAAUGAGCAAAUUGAUCUUUUUAUAAGCUCAAACCUUCUUUGAGGAAUUUGUUAAAUCAAGUAAAAUUAUUAAAUGAUUAUGUCUACGAUAAAGAUUUUUAUAAGGUGUCAGAUGUGGGAUAAUUAAUAAAAUUUAAUGUUACACGUUAUAAUUGUGACCCCGUCUUAUAGGUGAACUACCUUAUAAGUGAAUAAAUGGGCUAAUUGUUGAAAUAAUUAUGAACAACUUCUAACUCCAAAUUUUUGGAGUAUUGUUACACGUUAUAAUUGUGACCACAUCUUAUAGGUGAACUACCUUAUAAGUGAGUAAAUGGGCUAAUUAUUGAAAUAAUUAUGAACAACUUUUAACUCAAAAUUUUUGGAGUAUUGUCAGUUUGAAAAAGCAGGUUUUUUUGAAUCAUGUCAAUGAAAAAUAAAUAUGUUUCUUUUACGAGAAUAAUUCCUUCUGAAAAUUGGAACAAAAGGCCAAUUAAGAUAGUAUUGUUCAAGUUUGAUUAUAGUUUAUGUUAGGGUUUAUUAGUUAGAUCAUAUUGUAUUGUAUAUGAAAAGCAUGGUCUCUACCUUUUCCUGUACUGCGAUAAUUUGAAAAUGUCUAUCACUUGAAAAUACAUUACAUGUGUAUAGAAGACCCGAUGAGAAUUGAUUCAUUUUGUAAAGAAGCUUUUCUACAAUUGGAAGACUAUGUCAAAGUUGAAUAAACUUAAUAUGAAUGUGA